UUUCUUGAUUCCCCAUUUGCCCGUCUCCCUACCUCAUUCUUCUACUUCUAGAAAAACGCCGCCUUUCUUUCUUUCUUUCUUUCUUUCUUCCGUCGCUCUUGAUCCGACAGGCGUACUCGAUUGCCGCGGAUAUCGGGACGAUCUCGCCAUCUCGAGAAAACGAAUUUUCCGUCCUGUCCGGUUCGAGAAAGACGAACGCGAAAAUUCUACGGCGUGGGAAGCAAGGAUGGUCGUUUUACUUAUCGCACUGAAUCCGCCAAAGCCUUAUUUUUCCAAUUUUCGUUCUUUUCUCCAUUUCUUGGCAUUCUUCUUUUUUGGGUCGGACUUUUCCUCAGUGUGAUUGUAGGAGGGGCAGUUAAGGCCGUUCGGACUUUUUCCUCAGUAUGAACGUACCAGGGACAGUUACGGCCGAAUACACGUAAUGAGAGAGAGAGGGACAGGGAGAGAGACGACAGGAAAGCACAAGAAAUGAAAAUGAAACGCUGCGAUGAUGAGAUGUCAAGACUCAAGAAAGCAGGCGAGAGAGAAGAGAGAGCCCAUUCAAAGCCCCUGGCUUGCGCCGUCUUGGAGAGAAAAUAUCGUUGGCACCACGUUCUUGGUCGCCGAUCGCUGCGUCGAAGGUGGGUUCUGCUUCGACUCGGUCUUCUGUAGCAUAAACUAUAAAGUUCGCAUUUUUUUGGUUUAGAUCGGCGGUUCUUUCUGGGGGCGGAGAUUACAUUCCGAGCUUCUGCGUAGCUGGGUGAUGUUGUUGUCCGUACGAACGGACAUCGUCGCCUGUGAGGAAGAGCUGGGCCCGAUUAUUUUAUUCAGCUUCACUCCUCUCUUUCUUCUCCUCUCCAAGAUUAUUCUUUUCUUGAGGCUUUUCUUGGAGAAAUCUCGCUUUUUUGGGGUCCUUCCUCUCUCUCCCCCCUCCCUUUGCAUUGUCGCUCGCGACGUUCGCUCGGCUCAUCUGUUGGCGCCCCUUCCCUUUUCUGGGGUGCUACCGGCGCGUUGGGUUCGGGCGUGUUCCUUCGUUCUCUGUUGUGGGGGAUCUAUCUGAUGCCUUUCUGAGCUGUGUUUAUGUGGGAUCAUCAGCUAAGGAAAGAGCAUUGCUCGGUUUUAGCAAUUGGGUCUCUCUGGCUUUGUGGUUUCUUUACAGUGCUCCGUGGCGCCGGUCCGAAAAAGAAUUGAUUGAUGGCCGGUGGAACAAGAAGGAAGCUUCUUCUGAGCAAACUCUACUCCUUCGCAUGUUGGAAAGGUCCUUCGCAACAAGAUGAUCCCCGAAUUGGAGGACCAGGGUUUUCGAGGGUGGUUUACUGCAACGAACCGGAGUCUUUCGAGGCUAGCAUUAGAAAAUACGGGACCAAUUAUGUUAGCACUACAAAGUACUCGCUCGCAACUUUCUUCCCUAAGUCACUGUUUGAGCAGUUCAGAAGAGUGGCCAAUUUUUUCUUCCUCGUCGUCGGGAUCCUGGCCUUCACUCCCCUGGCGCCUUAUACAGCUGUUAGUGCCAUUAUCCCUCUUAUCAUUGUUGUAGGGGCAAGCAUGACCAAGGAAGCCAUUGAAGACUGGCGGCGGAGACUGCAGGAUAUUGAGGCAAAUAAUAGAAAGGUGAAAGUGCAUAAGUAUAAUGGAGUAUUUCAUGACACUGAAUGGAAGAACCUGAGAGUGGGAGAUAUAGUGAAGGUACAGAAGGAUGAAUUCUUUCCUGCAGACCUUCUUUUGCUUUCGUCUACUUAUGAAGAUGCUAUUUGUUAUGUUGAGACCAUGAACCUUGAUGGGGAGACGAAUUUGAAACUCAAACAAGGUUUGGAGGUAACAUCUGGCUAUAAUACGGACCAAAUGUUCCGGGAUUUCAAGGCAACUGUCAAAUGUGAAGACCCAAAUGCUCAUCUGUAUUCUUUUGUUGGAAGCAUGGAGUUUGAAGCAAAGCAGUAUCCCCUUUCUCUGCGGCAACUUCUCCUUCGAGGCUCGAAAUUGCAAAACACGAAUUUUGUAUAUGGGGCUGUCAUAUUCACUGGUCAUGAUACCAAAGUCAUGCAAAAUGCAACAGACCCCCCAUCAAAGAGGAGUAAAAUUGAGAGGAAGAUGGAUAGGAUCAUCUAUCUCCUCUUUUCAAUAGUAUUUUCUAUGUCUCUUGUUGGAUCUAUUUGCUUUGGCAUUUGGACUAAAGAUGACCUAGAAAAUGGGAGGAUGAAAAGGUGGUAUCUUAGGCCGGACCGCUCCACCAUCUUUUUUGACCCUAAAAGAGCUCCUGCAGCUGCCAUCUAUCACUUCUUGUCGAGUUUGAUGUUAUUUAACUAUUUCAUCCCAAUCUCCUUAUACGUGUCUUUAGAAAUUGUCAAAAUUCUUCAAAGCAUGUUCAUUAAUCGAGACAUUGACAUGUACUAUGAAGAAGCCAACAAACCGGCUCGUGCUCGCACCUCAAACUUGAAUGAGGAACUUGGCCAAGUUGAUACAAUACUUUCAGACAAGACAGGAACUCUGACCUGCAAUGAAAUGGAAUUCAUCAAAUGUUCGAUUGCUGGGACAGCUUAUGGCCGCAAUGUCACAGAGGUAGAGAGGGCUAUGCAUAGGAGGAAUGGCUUACCUUUAGCUCAUGACAAGCUGAAUGGCUGUGACGACAUGGAGCGUUCACCUGGUACAGAGCCACAUAUUAAAGGCUUCAACUUUUAUGACGAGAGGAUUAUGAAUGGAAAAUGGGUAGAAGUGCCUCAUGCAGAUGUCAUACAAAACUUCUUUCGUUUGCUGGCACUUUGUCAUACUGUCAUACCUACACAAAGUAUGGGACAAGUCUCAUAUGAAGCUGAAUCACCAGAUGAAGCUGCUUUUGUUGUUGCGGCAAGAGAACUUGGGUUUGAGUUCUACAAGAGGACACAGACGAGUAUCUCACUUCGCGAGCUGGAUCCAGAAUCUGGAAGGAAAGUUGAAAGGGUAUAUCAGGUUCUAAAUGUCUUAGAAUUCAACAGCUUAAGGAAGCGGAUGUCUGUUGUUGUAAGAGACGAGAAAGGAAAAAUAUUACUGCUCUGUAAAGGCGCUGACAGUGUCAUGUUUGGAAGGCUUUCCGAGGACAGCAAUGAUUAUAAAGAGAGUACGUGGAAACACGUGGAUGAAUAUGCUCAUGCAGGCUUGAGGACAUUGAUACUUGCUUAUCGUGAACUCAAUGAGGAAGAAUACCACAAGUUCAAUGAGAAAUUCAAUGAGGCAAAGAACUCAGUUAGUGCCAAUCGCGAUGCUUUGAUUGCUAAAGCGAUGGAGAUGAUUGAAAACAAAUUGACUCUUCUUGGUGCCACUGCUGUUGAGGACAAACUGCAGAAUGGGGUGCCAGAUUGCAUUUUCAAGCUUGCCCAAGCUGGAAUUAAGAUCUGGGUUUUGACUGGAGACAAGAUGGAGACUGCUAUCAACAUUGGGAUUGCUUGCAGUCUGCUCAGGCGAGGAAUGAAUCAGAUAAUAAUCAGUUUAGAAAUGCCAGAAAUUGAGGCUCUAGAAGAGUCACAUGAUAGGGAUGCUAUAAUGAAGGCAUCAAAGGAGAGUGUUUACGAUCAGAUCAGAAGAGGGAUGGCUUCAUUGGCUACAUCAAGUGGCCCCCCCGAAGAAUUUGCUUUAAUCAUUGAUGGAAAAUCACUUGUUUAUGCUCUGGAAGAUGACAUGAAGAACACGUUUCUAAAUCUUGCACUCGGCUGUGCAUCUGUUAUUUGCUGUCGCUCAUCACCAAAACAGAAGGCAUUGGUCACAAGGCUGGUCAAGUCUGGAGCUGGGAAAGUAACAUUGGCUAUAGGUGACGGUGCCAAUGAUGUGGGAAUGCUUCAAGAAGCAGAUAUUGGAGUUGGAAUUAGUGGUGCUGAAGGAAUGCAGGCAGUCAUGGCCAGUGAUAUUGCAAUUGCACAGUUUCGAUUUCUCGAACGCCUGCUACUCGUUCAUGGGCAUUGGUGUUACAGAAGGAUUUCGAUGAUGAUAUGCUACUUUUUCUUCAAGAACAUCGCUUUUGGUUUCUCCCUCUUCUUAUAUGAGGCACAUGCGGCCUUUUCAGCACAACCCGCAUACAACGACUGGUUUUUGUCAUUCUAUAAUGUCUUCUUCUCAUCGCUUCCUGUGGUUGCUCUGGGAGUUUUCGAUCAGGAUGUAUCAGCAAGGUUGUGUCUAGAGUUCCCCCGGCUAUACCAAGAAGGGGUUCAAAAUCGCCUCUUCCGCUGGGUCCGGAUACUCCGCUGGAUGUUUAAUGGGUUCUCCACCGCAGCUAUAAUUUUCUUCUUGUGCACAAGGGCACUGGAGCACCAAGCAUUCAACAGCAACGGACACGUUGCUGGGAGGGACAUCUUCAGUGCAACAAUGUACACCUGCAUUGUAUGGUCGGUGAAUCUGCAGAUGGCAUUAACUGUAAGGUACUUAACCUUAAUACAUCAUAUAGUCAUCUGGGGCUCAAUCAUAUUUUGGUACCUCUUCUGUUUGGUGUAUGGAGCCAUGUCUCCCACUCUGUCUACCACUGCCUACAAGCUCCUUAUCGAAGCCCUCGCACCAUCGCCAGCCUUUUGGGUCGAGACGCUUUUCGUGACAGUCUGCUCCCUUAUCCCAUAUUUCACUUCAUUAGUGAUUCAGAUGGAGUUUUUCCCCAUGUACAAUCAAAGGGUCCAGUGGGUCGGGUACAAAGCAAGAUCAAUUGAUGAUAGGUUGAGGUGAAUGUGAUUAUGACCAACAGAUGGCUUCUGGGUUAAUUCAUCCUGUAAAUCUUGCGGUCCAGGAAAUACUAAUUCCUGCAGACCCGUUUAAUUUUGUAGAAUCGUCAGGGUAUAGAUUUUACGAGCAUGGAAAUCCACUCACUGGCUCGUGCCGAGCUCUGGAUAUGGUAGACAGAGUAUAUAGGUUUUGGAGAUUUACCUGCUGUCAUCAAGCUUCAGAUGCGCUUGAUUCUCUGUGGAGGAAAAAAAUAGAGGAGAAAAAGCUGUACCAUAUGUUAGCUUUGCUGUAGAUUCUGUAGAUUCUCAAAUUAUGGGAGACCUAUGAUAUACACAAUCUUCUUCUCUUUGUAAUGAAUUAGAGUAGGCAUAUGUAUUGUCAUUUCAGGUUGGGCAGCUUCUUUUGUUAUCAUAAAUUUAUUUUGUCGAA